ACUACGUGAGGUCGACUUGGAGGGAAUCGAACGUCGCUAAGAAAGACAAAAAAUAGGAGAAGAAAGCAGAAACACCAAACCCCCCCAAUAAGCUGCCUCAGGAGCAGUGAAGUGUCUUCAUGGCAGUUCGUCGAGGACACAUUAAGUACUUGAAAGCUGACUUGCAGGAGGUGUAUGACAUGUCAAACGGUUAUGAAGACCACAUGGGAGGGGACGAGGGGAAGGAUGCCAAGACCAACCUGAUAGUGAACUACCUGCCUCAGAGCAUGACGCAGGACGAGCUGCGGAGCCUCUUCAGCAGCAUCGGAGAGGUGGAGUCUGCCAAGCUGAUUCGAGACAAAGUCGCAGGCCACAGUUUAGGGUACGGAUUUGUUAACUAUCUUAACCCUAGUGAUGCAGACAGAGCUAUCAGUACACUGAAUGGACUAAGGCUACAGUCCAAAACUAUCAAGGUUUCAUACGCACGGCCCAGCUCUGAUACAAUAAAGGAUGCCAACCUGUAUAUCAGCGGCCUGCCAAAGUCCAUGACCCAGAAGGACGUGGAGGACAUGUUUUCACGUUAUGGACGCAUCAUUAACUCCCGGGUACUUGUUGAUCAGGGUACAGGUACGACAGGUGUGUCCCGUGGGGUGGCUUUUAUCCGGUUUGACAAGCGGGCAGAGGCGGAGGAAGCUGUCAAAAACCUGAACGGCCAAAAACCACCGGGGGCCUCUGAGCCAAUCACAGUGAAAUUUGCUGCCAACCCGAACCAGGCGAAGAACACGCAGCUCAUUUCUCAGCUGUACCACAACCAAUCACGGCGGUUCGGAGGGCCGUUACAUCACCAGGCGCAGCGGUUUAGGUUUUCUCCCAUGGGUGUUGAUCACAUGGGCAGCAUGGGAGGUGUCGGUGUCCCUGGGAACUCCACCUCAGGCUGGUGCAUCUUCAUCUACAACCUGGGACAGGACGCCGACGAGAGCAUCCUGUGGCAGAUGUUCGGCCCCUUUGGUGCCGUCACCAACGUCAAGGUGAUCCGAGACUUCAACACCAACAAAUGCAAGGGCUUCGGCUUCGUUACCAUGACGAACUACGAGGAAGCGGCCAUGGCCAUCGCCAGCCUGAACGGCUACCGGCUCGGAGACAAGAUACUGCAAGUGUCCUUUAAGACCAACAAGGGCCACAAAUAGAGAGAGCUGGACAAUCAGGUGUAGAGGAGAGAGGGAGAUGCCCUGCGCCAGGCUUUUAUUUGAAAGAGCAAAAGAUUGCAAAGUCUGGCACAUCAGUUUGGGUUUUAGUGUAUUCAGAGAUCAAUGAGACGUUCACUCUUCUGCACCUUUGUACUUGUCUAAAAGAGUGUUUAGACUGAUUUUUUUUUUUGUUUUUGUUUUUUUCUUUCCAUCUUUAUACUCAUGCUUGGGGCUUGAGGACACUCAGUAGUUUUAAUUUGU